AUGGCCCUCAUUAUGGAGCCCGUCAGCAAGUGGUCGCCGAGCCAGGUCGUCGACUGGAUGAAAGGUCUUGAUGACUGCCUGCAGCAAUAUAUUAAGAACUUUGAGAGAGAGAAGAUUAGUGGCGACCAACUACUACGUAUUACACAUCAAGAACUGGAAGAUCUUGGAGUCACGCGAAUUGGCCACCAGGAACUUAUCUUAGAAGCAGUAGACUUGCUCUGCGCACUGAACUAUGGUUUGGAAACAGAAAAUUUGAAAACCCUUUCUCACAAACUGAAUGCAUCUGCCAAAAAUCUGCAGAACUUCAUCACUGGGAGGAGGAGAAGCGGUCACUAUGAUGGAAGAACCAGCCGCAAAUUACCGAAUGAUUUUCUGACAUCAGUAGUGGAUCUCAUUGGAGCAGCUAAAAGUCUGCUGGCUUGGUUGGACAGAUCACCUUUUGCUGCUGUGACAGAUUACUCAGUAACAAGAAAUAAUGUCAUACAGCUCUGUCUGGAACUAACGACAAUCGUACAACAGGAUUGCACAGUAUAUGAAACAGAGAAUAAAAUUCUUCAUGUGUGUAAAACACUCUCUGGCGUCUGUGAUCACAUUAUUUCACUCUCUUCUGAUCCACUGGUUUCCCAGUCAGCUCACCUUGAAGUGAUCCAGCUUACAAACAUCAAGCCAAGUGAAGGGCUGGGUAUGUACAUUAAAUCAACAUAUGAUGGUCUCCAUGUAAUUACUGGAACAACAGAAAAUUCACCUGCAGAUCGGUGCAAGAAAAUCCAUGCUGGGGAUGAAGUGAUUCAAGUUAACCACCAAACUGUGGUGGGGUGGCAGUUGAAAAAUUUGGUGAAUGCACUACGAGAGGAUCCGAGUGGUGUUAUCUUAACUUUGAAAAAGCGACCUCAGAGCAUGCUUACCUCAGCACCAGCUUUACUGAAAAAUAUGAGAUGGAAGCCCCUUGCUCUGCAGCCUCUUAUUCCCAGAAGUCCUACAAGCAGUGUUGCUACACCAUCCAGCACUAUCAGCACACCUACAAAAAGAGACAGCUCUGCCCUCCAGGAUCUCUACAUACCCCCUCCUCCAUCAGAACCUUAUGUUCCCAGGGACGAAAAGGGAAAUCUCCCAUGUGAUGAUGUUGGCAGACAUAUUGUAGGCAAACCGGUUCAUACAGGAUCCGAAUCUCCAAACUCAUUCCUUGACCAGGAAUAUCGAAAGCGCUUUAAUGUGGUUGAAGAAGAUGCAGUUUUAUACUGCUAUGAGUAUGACAAAGGAAGAACAAGUGGUCCUGGAAGGAGAGAGAGCACACCAACAUAUGGGAAACUAAGGCCUAUUUCUAUGCCAGUAGAAUAUAACUGGGUGGGGGAUUAUGAAGACCCCAAUAAAAUAAAAAGAGAUAGUAGGAGAGAAAAUUCAUUGCUUCGCUAUAUGAGCAAUGAGAAAAUAGGCCAAGAAGACUACAUGUUCCAAAGGAAUAGCAAAAAGGAUACUGGGAAAAAAUCGAAAAAGAAGGGAGACAAGGGUAAUAGUCCAAGCCAUUACUCAUUGUUGCCUAGUUUACAAAUGGACUCAUUGAGACAAGACGUCAUGGGCACACCUGGACCAGAGACCACUUUGUACCACACAUUUCAGCAGUCUUCUCUACAGCAGAAAAGUAAAAAGAAGAACAAAGCUCCUAUUCCUGGUAAAAGCAAAAGACGGAUCUCUUGUAAAGAUCUUGGCCGAGGAGACUGUGAAGGCUGGCUUUGGAAGAAGAAAGAUGCCAAGAGUUAUUUCUCCCAGAAAUGGAAAAAAUAUUGGUUCGUCCUGAAAGAUACAUCUCUGUAUUGGUAUAUCAAUGAAGAGGAUGAAAAAGCAGAAGGAUUCAUCAGUCUACCUGAAUUUAAAAUUGACAGAGCUAGUGAAUGCCGAAAGAAAUAUGCAUUCAAAGCCUGCCAUCCUAAGAUCAAAAGUUUUUAUUUUGCUGCUGAACAUCUAGAUGAUAUGAACAGAUGGCUAAACAGAAUUAACAUGCUUGCUGCUGGCUAUGCAGAAAGGGAGAGGAUCAAACAAGAGCAAGAUUACUGGAGUGAGAGCGAUAAGGAGGAAGCUGACACUCCAUCGACACCCAAGCAAGACAGCCCCCCACCCCCGUACGACACAUACCCACGGCCUCCUUCGAUGAGUUGCGCAAGCCCUUACGUGGAGCCCAAGCACAGCCGACUGUCCUCCACGGAGACCUCCCAGUCGCAGUCGUCGCACGAGGAGUUCCGCCCGGAGGCGGCGGGGAGCGCCACCGACUCGCCGGUGCGCAAGACGGCGAGCCAGCGGCGCUCCUGGCAGGACCUCAUAGAGACGCCGCUGACGAGCUCAGGACUCCACUACCUGCAGACGCUGCCACUGGAGGACUCGGUGUUCUCCGAGGCUGCCGUGGUCUCCCCCGAGCACCGGCGGCAAUCCACCUUGCCCACCCAGAAGUGCCACCUGCAAGACCACUACGGCCCCUUCCCGCUCGUGGAGGGUGAGCGGAUGCAAGUGCUGAAUGGCAACGGGGGAAAGCCCCGAAGUUUCACGCUGCCUCGGGAUAGCGGCUUCAACCACUGCUGCCAGAGCCUUUCAGUUGGUGCUGCUGAUCACCAAGAAGAAGCGCAGCAGAAGGAGGUGGAGGAGGAGGAGGAGGAGGAAGAGGAGGGCAAAGCAGCAGAAGAAAACCAGGAAGAUAAAAGGAGGAAGGAAAGAGAAGAAGCAGGACAAGACAGCGGCUGACAUCGACAUACUGCCUGACCUGCUUUCCAAAGCAAACACACGACAUGUUUGGAGGAACAGCAUGCGUCUUCUGUACAUACUUUUUUCUUACUUUUAACUAGACCUUUUGGUUCUUCAUUCAUCAUAGGGUCCAGUGAAACAUGAGAGAAAUGUUGUAUUUAAAAAUUCAUAGGUGGGGAAAGAGCAUCAUUGAUAAUCUAGCUUAUAUCUCAAGCUAAAGCUUUUAUAGUUGUGAAAUUUUAAGAUACAUGUUUAUCUGAGUAGGAAUUCCUAUAAGGAUCCAGAAGCAAGUACAUAUUUUGGAAAAUUUUCAGCCCAAACAAGAGCUGCUUGAUCAUUUUCUUGCUGCCAUAUAAAUGUCUACAUUCAGUUUUGUGUACAAAAGUAUGUUUUAGACUAUUGUAAAUACCAGGAUGAAUAGACAAGUACUGGGACUAGGCUUCAUAUGUCCUGAGCCUCUUCUUUAAUUCAAAAUUUAAAAUUUAAUAAUAAUAAUAAUAAAAAAGCUCUUCCCAUCCUCACGAGCAAAAUAAACUGUAUUAUGCAAGUGUUUUUGUAUUCUAAGUAAAAAUGACGGGAUACAAAAUUUCUGUAUUCUGAUUUUAAAUUUCAAUUGGAGGGGAAAAAAUUGCCUGCGGUACUUGAAAGCCAAAUAUUGAAUCAUUUACUGAGUAGCAAUUCAGAAAGCAAUAUGGGCUGUCAACAAAAAUAAAAGUAGUUUAGUUUUAUGCCUCUUAGUGUUUUUAAAUGUGAAUGCAUUUUACCCACAAAUAUGCUGUUGCCACAUUUAAAUUUUAAUUGAUUUCCAUUGCUCAUGCUGCUAAAAAUGCAAAGGAGAGGUGAAAUUCAAAAACAUAAAUUUUAUAAGGUGUUUUCCUACUCUUAUUUUGGUUUUAAUAGCUUUGAGUGUCAUUGCCAACAAAGGUCAUCUGUUUUUUCCUGAGAUGUGGAUUAAAUGGUCUUUUUACAAGCAAAAGAAAUAGAGAUGAGAAUUUCUUACAUGACCAUUCUUUUAGUGUACUUUUCUUAGAGAGUAUCCUCAGCUGCAUUACUAAGCUGGUAGUUAUCAGUGGAGCCAUGCUACCAGAGGCACCUUCAGGUCGUGGAGCAAGGGAUGUAUGGACUUGAUAAUAUAUAUCUGCCCUUUUUUUUUCCUCCUGUGUUCUGCAUUAAUUCUCUUGUUAGGUGUCAUUUAACCAUCUCUAGUUUGUGUUUAAUUUUUCUGUUUCUUGGGAUAAAUGAGCUCUGUAACUGCCUCUGCUCUGUCUCAGGCUGACCUUACAAAAAGACAGCCAGUAAGUGGCAGAACACUUCACAUGCUGUACAGGGAAGGCAGUCCAAACCCUCUAGGACUCCCUGCUUGUCAUACAGAAGGGUAUGUGAUAGUUUCCUAAUUUUUUCUCAAUAGCAAUAUAAAAAAAACUUUUUUUUGAGCUUGUAAAUACUCCCCCCAAUUACAAAUGUGCUUUCAUUUUAAAAAGCAUAAGAUACAUUUCUUAAAUGGGGAUAUAUAGCUUUUUUUUUUAAUUAUUUUGUGUAUGAAAAGGAAAAACUGAAAAAAGAAAAAACGGAAAAAUUACCACGUAGAUUCCCAUUAAAAAGAAGGCAUCCUAUCCUAAAUUUGAUACCUACUUUACCUGAAAAAUAUAUAAUAUUUACUUAUUUACAUAAAUCUUAUUGCAAGCUCUCUGAAAAUUAGGUUAAAGACACACUCAGAUUCGACCACUGCAGAAAACACGAGGAAGCAUUUUUUCACUGGGAUUUUUUUUUGAAUUGUCAUAGUUCCUCUCUGAAAUGCAAGAGGCACUUGGUCCAACCCAAAAGUUUUGAAAUGCAAGGGAAACAUGUACCUAUAAUGAAGCAAUUUAGCCAGAUACUGUGUGCAAAAGAAUGUUCUUUUUAAAUUAAUAAUUUUUAAAUACUUUUCUCCAAGCUGGGAAAAAAAAAAAAAAAAAAAAAAGAAACUUUUUCCAUAAUCUAUUACAAUUAAAUCAGAAGAACAUGACACAGUACCAGUAGGACUGGGAGAACAGACGAGGACUGUGGUCUUUUUGGAUUAUAUCUAUUUCCUUGCCAGGUGUUACCAUCUGCUAGCUGUGGCUCUCAGGUUCUUUCAAGGUAACUAUUAAACAUAGGCAGAGAAGGACCUGAGUCAUUAGUGCCUCAGAGAACAUAGGAGACAUGUAGUUUUAUUAAGCUAUUAGCAUGCUGAACUUCUGUAGUGUCACCAUGUAAACAUGCUUUCUUGUUUAAUUACUGUCAGUAGUGGGAAGCAAGAUGAGAUAUUAAAACCUGCAGGGAUGGGAUUCUCAGUGCAAGCAGUCAGCAUCUUGCUAGAAUUUUUUUGUUGUUGUUGGAAAGGACACUCUAGGGGAAAAAAAUGUUACAAAGCAGUUUUGUUUGCUUAAAUCUAUUUUUAAAAGAGUUCUGGGUUCAUGGAGUGAAAUGAAGUUAAAGGAAGAUUGUCUUGGAAGCCUAUGAAAUAAAUGUUGAGGGGCAAUUUUUCAUGAAUUUUGCUAGGGCCUCAGCCUAGUAUUUGGCUGAUUAUCCUUUCCUUUUAGACUCCAGCUGCUGCUCCAGAGUGUCCCAGAUCUCAUGAAGGUCUACCUGCCAGCCUUAUGCAACUUUAUUGAAUGUUCUUGGACUACUAAAAUGACAUUAGAUCCUUGUGUUUUAAUUUCUACUUACUUUUUUCCUAAUUUUUUUCACUGAAAGAAGGCAGCAUAUGUAGGCUAAAAUCUCAGCCUCUUUAUAGGUUCUGGUGAAACUGUAAGUGUGCUGUGCAAGUCUUAUUUGCAAGUUUGUGUAUUUAUAUGUGGAAUUGACUUCAAGAGGUUAUCCAGUGUAGUUCUGUCUUCUAAAUCUGGAGCUGUGACGUCUACUGAAUCUGUCCUUACGUACCCUCAGUGGUGGGCAUUCAUCAGUCCCUCCAGACAGUACUUUUCCUCUUCGCUGUAUUGAAAAGGAAUUUACUUUUUCUUCUAAUGGAUAUUGAAUUUUUCCCUCUGCAUUUUAAGCCUAGUAUUUCCUGUCCAUUGCAGCAUGGAGAAAAAAAACAACCCGCUCCAUUACAGCAGCUCUUUUUUAAGCUGAAAGUUUGUUAUGAAGGUUGUUCUAGUUUUUCACAUACCUACUGUUUUCUAGACUUCUGACUGUUCUUGUUGAACUUCCCUUGGUUUUCCAGCUAGUUCCUGCCUCACCCAGGGCAGCAACAUCCAAAUCUGGGUGUAGCACACCUGGCUGACACCAGGAAGAUUGCUUCACCUGUGUUUUAUACAGUCCUAAUUUGCAGCCAUACAGUACUUCACAUUUCACUUUGUGCUGUACAGUAUGUUAGGUAAGCUUUCCUGCUUAACUGUUAUUUUUCUUGCCUUAACGAAGUUGAUUAGUCCUGUGCUUCCCACAAAUCCACAUUAAGUAGCUCAAGUUGAUAAAAACCUCAGGUGAUUUAAAAUAUAUAACUGAUUGGGCUAAAACCGACAAACAAACAAAUACGACAGCUUGUAAACUAACAGCAUGACUAGACAAAAAAAAAAUGCCUUGCAGACUAGCCUGAUGUUUGCCAAGUUCUGUCUCUGUUAGCAUAGCAUUUACCAUAUUGUUAUAUGAAACUUGGCAAGGGGAUUUCAUCCCUCCAAAUCAUUCCCACUUCUAUGGUACCAGCAAGCCUCUGGUACCUCCUCUGCCUGGGCUUCACUUUUGCUACCAGAUGACACCUUGGUUACCUGAGGUGACUAACGCUGCUUGCUUUUGGGAGAUGAACUUCUGGAAGGAAAAGACUGUGCCCUUGUCUUAUACCCAUUCUGCAUCUAAACAGCAAAGGAAGAUGUUAUCUGGAGAUAAGCGGGAAGUGGAGGCUCAUCCUUCUGUCAGUUGGAAAUUUCAUUGGUCCUCAAGCGCUUAUUAAAGCUCAAAGCUUACACUAAUCACAUAGGUUUCAUUUGUAAGCUUUUCCAUUGUUUUUCAACAUCAAGCAUUGCUAGUUCUUAUGAAACAAAUAUCACAAGAAUACAGGUUUUGUUUGUUUGAUUCUUUUUAAAAAUGAUAAGCCCCAUAAUCCGGAAAUUUUGCAAGGAUCUUAGUUCUCAUUAAAUAAAAAACAGGUUUCUAGUUUUGUUUUGAAAAAUUGUUCAAAAGCUGGAAUAUAAACAGUUUGUCUCCUUUUCUGGCCCCAGUUUGUGAGUUCUGGAUCUAGUUGAUAAGUGAGCACUCCCAAAUCAUUGUACCAAGUGCAAUGCCAUUGAGUAGUAUGAUGUCAUGGACAAAGUGUGAAACAAGUUCUCUGCAGGAUUUUACUGUAUUUACAUGAAGAAAAUGACUACAUUUUAAGUUGGAUGGCUUUCUGGCUUCACAUUUUGAGCAUUUCUAGCCCAAAAUAAUAACAGCUAAUUAUUUCUUCUCUCCUGGGUUACAGAAGCUUGAAGUUUGCCCUUUCAGAAUAUAAAAUAUCAUGACUGAUUUGUUUGGAAGUAUUUGAUUUAUCAUCAUUAGAAAAUGAGGAGAGAGACUGCCAAAAAAAACCUUUGAUUUGAAAACAAUUUUCAGGCAUGAUUUAAUCAUACAAAGAUUUAUAGUAAUACAAGAGGAGGUGAGAUUAAACAAACCUCACCUGGGAGAUUUUUCCUGUCUGUAAACUCAGGGGUAGGCAGAUAUCAGUGGUAGUGCAAGACCUGUCCACAGGGUAUGAUUUUUCUGCUCCUUACCUAUCUAAACAUUUCAUGUCCAUGUCUGAGCUGGUCUGCUUGGGUUCCCAUCGUGGGGAGAAACUCUACUUGCACAGACGGGUAUGACCUCAGGCUGCAUGAGGAGAAAUUUCCUAUAAUGGGAAGUGGGGCGUGCAAGGCUGAGGGGAAACACUUUCUGCUGCUCCAAGGUUAUAAAGGAGGUGAGUGUUUGGGUGGGUAGGAAGUUUACCUGAUGGCUUUUCCCAACAAGGCUAGUGAGAGUGCCCAUGCCCAGUGAUAGGAUGAGGGGGAAUGGCCUAAGGUUGUGCCAGGGGAGGUUUAGGUUAGUGUUAGGUCAGAGGUUGGAGUAGGUGAUCUUGGAGGUCUCUUCCAACCUAGAUGAUUCUGUGAUUCUGUGAGUACAUAAUAGAAAUUACUGGGGAUAAUCACAAAUUUAUUUCUGUGUUAAAUGAAAAUGAGAUUUUGGGUGCAGUUGGCUGGCUCAAGGGGGCUCAGUGAUAUGCUUGCAUGCAGCAGCGACAGACGUGGCUUGGCCAUGUGAGGGGCUGGUUUCAGCUAUCACAGCAUUUCCUAUAAAUGCAAAGUAGUUGUUAUAGAGCACUUAAGAACGGGUGACUACAAGACAUAGAGAAUUAGGGAGUAUUUUCCUGGGGUAAAAAUAGCAAAAUCUGUUUUAGAAUUCACAUAAAAGUAUUUUAAUAGCCUCUACAUUUGGCAUGAAAGUGUUAUUUUUACAAUUGUACAAUGUGAAUGCUUGAAGUCCAAUAUGAAAAUCAUACUUAAUCUAUAAAAAGCUUGAAGAUACUUAUUCAGAGAAUUCUUCUGCUUCUUUACUCCCUACUAGAAUAUACCUUACUAUUUGUUUUCAACUUUUAAUUAAGAAAAUAAAUUUCAUUUUCAAGAGAUUUUCUUUUUUUCUUCUUUUUUUUUUUAUUCACCUAUGUGUAUGCACAGACUUUUAUAGUAGAAAAGCUAUAUUUUUAACUGUAAUGUGAUGGUUUUAGGGACUCUGCAGUCCAAUUUACAAGUUCUGCUCACAGAUGUGGCCACCUUCUAGUGGCCAUCUGAAUUUCAUAUUAUACACAGGCUCUCCUUGCAUCUUGACAAAAUCAAGAAAUUUGAUUCUACGAGCAAGAAGCCAAUUUUCUCAGCUUGUACAUGUUGUAGCUAAACAAGACUAUAGGGUUUGUAUUGAGAAUACAAAAUUCACUCAAAAGAAAAGGCAGGCUCUUAAGUCACUUUUGGAAAUAGCACUUGGGCUCUUGAUCGAUUUUACUACUCCUGACCUUUAGGGGAGGCUGAAUGUGGGAGGCCGAGGCCACAGUCAGAAGGCCACGAGCAGCCAGCACCAUCUCUUGGAGCCAGGGGACACCUGCAGUCUUUGGACUUCUCCUCAGAGGAGAUCAGGAGCAGGGCAGGGAGAUUUCAUAUUCCACCCGGGUUUGGCACUUCUGCCACGGCUGCCAGGAGGCUGUGCAUUUUGCUGAGCAUCACUGCUCCCCAGGACACUGGGGAAUAGGAGGUUACUGAGUGUAACCAAACAAACAAAGAAAGGAAAGCAGACCCCACCAAGACAGUGGAGCCUUAACUUACCUGGAUACUAGGAUAGGAAACAGCUACUUUCCAUGGGUCAUGAUCUGUAGUGCUUGUUGGGAACAGACAAGAAGCAUCAGGGUAGCUGGGGAAGAGAAGGUGAAAUGCAGUGGGGUGAGACAGAGGCAGGAUGCUGAAGACUAGAAAUACAUCUGUAACAGUGAGGAUAAGCUGUAGAACAAGUUCCUUGAGUUAUGAUUGGUUUUACAAAUGAAAAUCCGCUCAGACUUAUCACUGUGCCAUGAUUGAGAAUGGUGGUGUUUUAAAUCUUUCUCCCUGUUAGAAAACCUGUUUUAAGAACGUUUUGUCUACAGAAUGGCAUAUUUCUCUUACAAGAAAACCUAGUAUAAAUGCAUUCACGCUGUGUUUGCAUUUGUUUCACAGAAUAGUACAGCUUAGCAUGCUGUGCAGGUGAGUCAAGUGGAUAUAUUUUGUGUUGGGGCCACAUUCAGGUGGGCUGCACUAGCACACCAAACCAUUUCCUCACCCCAAGUUAUCCUCCAAGGAGGAGAAUCCAGCAUAACCUCAUGAUUAUGUCAUAAACCCUGCAAUAUUUCUGCCCAUAAUUAGCUGAAGUGACUGCUACUUUUGCUGAAUAAAACCUUCUCACAGUACUCCCUUAACUCAUGUCUUCCAUAACCAUCACCAGAAGCCUUUGGUGAGACUUUUUUUUCAGAUAACUUACUCAUUUGUACCAUACUGAAAUGGAGUAGAUAUUUUAAAAGACUAAGUCAUAAGCCUAUUUCUUAUUUUGUUCUUCUAUUUUUUGUAUUCAGCUUGUGGUUGCUUAUCUUUUGCAGUGGCCAUAGCUAGCUCCAUUAUAAAUGACCAGAAGCAUAUAGGCAGAUCUUCAUCUCUGUUUCCUGGGAUUUAUUAACGUCUCUUCCUUUCAGGGCAAAUAUAAUUUUAGUAAUAAUUCCACACUGGGCAGGGGAGGUUGGUGUCUGCACUUAGGCCUUUAACUAUGGCAUUCCAAUUCUGAAACUCCCACAUGCUUAUGCACACACCUGCUGAUCCCAUAGGCCUUGCCAUUGCAAGGGGUUGGUUAAACGACCUUCGGAUUAAGCUGAUCAUGUGCAUGCUGUAUUUUGUAGUACAUAGACAAGUGUUUCUGAGCCCCAUUAUGUAAACUGUAGUCACCAACUCUUUUUCAUCACCAGUAGUUGUGCUGAUAUAUAUAGUGCCUCACACCAUAUUGUAACCAGAAAAAAAAAAUCAAUCCUUGCCCAUUCCUACCUUGUAUACUUUCUCAUAAGAAACUUGAAUUGAGAAAGUUCUUGUUUUUCCACACAGUUGUUAUAUAAAUGUAUCACACAGUACACACUGAACUUUGUUACCUGUGUAACCACAGUAAAAUCUUUAAUAUAUCAGAUAAAAGCAAGGACACUAUAAAAGGUAGCAUGAUUUCUAUGUAUUUCUGAAUGAUUUUCCUUGGUUCUCUUUUCCAGAAGCAGUCUUUUUUUCUGUGCUUCUUUUAUGUUAGUUAUGAAAGACGUGAUAUAAAUCAAAGAUCAGUUCAUAGCCUAAUUCUAUGUGGUUGCACCAGGAUAAUUCCACUAGAACAUCUCCACCUAUAUUUCUGGAAUAUAUAUAUUUUAUUUUUUUUUUAUGAAGAUGAACAUAAAUUCAAGUCACUGCAAAUUACAUAGGCAUCAGUGAGAAGUCUAUUUGGUAAAGCCUAUUUGGAAUAUCGAUGUGUAAUGAAUGGUAGCAAUUCCUGAUGUUAUACAAUAAAAUUAGUGAGCUUUUUGCCAUCAAAUAUGCAGCUUCUUUAAGAGAGUAUUCCUUGCAGAAUUAAAGAUUCACUAAGCUUGUGUUUUUAACUAUUUUGUCUUUUUGUCUUGAAGCCUAACUUUUUGAUUCUGUACAGCAGAUGUAGGCUUAGUAAAUAUUUCCAAAAAUGUUGAAUUGUGUAGUUCUGUAUCAGGUCUCAGGCUCUUAGCUAUUUGCAGUUAAAAAAAAGAAAAAAAAAAGAAAAAAAAAAGAAAAAAGAAAACAACAAAAAACUGGAAGUGCAAGUGAUUGCAUCUGGAGAGCAUGUGGAGAGCAUUGAGCCUGAAGUUUCAGCUAACAGCCUGCCUUCAAUAGAGCUUAAAAACACAUUUAUAGGGAAGAGUUAGAGAUCUCUUUGUGGAAGAGAAGAUUCUUCUAAAAUGUAAUUUUAUUGCUUUUGAAUUUGGGUGUACUUUUAGGCAUAUCAUGUGGCAACAAGGAGUUGCAUGUUUUACAGGCUGGAAAGAAAAGCAUGUCCUUUGGUUAGUUUUGAAACUAUCACCCAAACUUUUGGAUGUUCCUUGUAAUAGAAGAGGCAAUAUCAACCUUUUUCUCUGCUUACUUGGUGCAUGUAUAACUUGUAAUUGUACAGACCGCUUAUUAUCUCCCUUGCUCAUAGGGGUGACCAAGUCUUGAAUGGCUCUAGACUGUGCAAUCACAUUUUGCAGGAAAAGCCUUUCACAACACCAAUAAUAGCUGUCCAUAUAUGUACCUAUUUACGGCUUUUUUUAUGCAAGAAGGCAUAUACUCUUCAGCGUGUGACACAUCAGAGGUUUAUCCUAUAGCUUUUUAAUGUUUUCUGCCUAAUCUUUCUGUAUUUACUCAGAAGUAAAAGCCAGUCCUCCCACGUUCUCUGGUUUUGAGGAUGCUGAUUUGAUAUUAUUAACAAAUAUUCUGCAGUCAUGGCUUUGCAAUCCAGAAGGAAAACUAAUGGAACUGUUAAGGUGGUUCUGCCUUACAGAGAAAAAAAUAAAGGCAUCAUUUUGAUGUAGGUGAUACAUAAAAAGAUAAAUGUAAUGCUUGUUCAGAUAAAAGACUGUGAAGGAGAAGGAAGCUAAAGAGACAAUAUAAUUACUAAAAGAAAUGAAUAGUGGGCAUAGGUAAUUGAGUGGCUUGAGUAAUUACUCAAUGAGGAGGGAGGUUGCUACAGUGGGAUAGGAACAGAAUUUAGGUAGAUGUUAUUCCGUGUUUUCCAGGCUGUAGUGGAGCUAAUAUUUUCUUGGUUAGUGACAAUGUUUUGACUGAGCAAUCUGAAGUGGAAGUGAGUAGCCAGUUGCUGAGAAUAUUUCCCCUGUAGAACAGCCCAGGCUCGUACAAGAGCUUACCUAAGGCAUAGAGGACAGCACAGGUGACUGGUCAGAGAAGACACUUGGACAAAAGAAGCCCCUCAGAACCAGCCUCUUUGGGCUGACCACCCUCUUGGGCCAGGCAGGCUUAACUGACAGUUUCCAAGGCUAUCUGUUUUUGUAGGUGAACCCCCAACAGCGUUAAGGAGUGCUUGGUCAUUUCUCCCUUGGGCAAAGCAGGACCCCCCCCUGCACCUUUUUUGCAGAGCAGCAGCACUGCUUGCUCACCUGGGGAUUGCAGGGGAGUGGGCUCCUGUGUGUUCAAUGCCAUCACCUGGUUUGAUGUGUCUUUUUUUUUUUUUUUUUUUGGUAUUAAUUACCUUUGAAAUGCAUCUCCAGUUCUCAGCAGAUUGCUAUGGCAACUCUGGGGGUAGGUUGCAGCAACAAAGCUGCAGGAUUCAGCCACCACGCUCCCUCCUGCCCAGGGCUGGCCUUCAUCCUGCUCCUCUUCCUCACCAAGGUGAUGGGCUCAGGUCAACCAGUUGCCAUCUUGUGCUACAGUGCCCCUUCUACCUGCAGCUGGACUGUGCUCUGGGGAAGGGUUCCUCUCCUUUUCAUCAGUCUUCAUACAUUAAGACUUGAGGAAAGAAAAGGGGAUUUUUCUGGUCUUCUGCUCUAAAACCCCAGAUGGAAUACCAAGAGUAACAAGCAUAGUCAUUCAGUUGCGAAAACAGCCCUCUCAUUUCCAAUUAAAAGCCAUGAAGAUCCUGUUUUCACACCCUUGCAAAAGAAGAACACUUUUGGCAUCUCUGAAGGUUUUGUGAAGUGCCGUGUGAAGGCGAUUGAGCAGGAAAAGCAAAAUUGGUACUCGGGAGCCCACGUGGCCAUGCUGGCGGGCCCUUUGCACUGCUCCAUCACCCCCAGAAGGGUGAUGUCUCCUCUUACAGCCCCACAGGUCAGGGCACCAAGACAGCAGCAGGACUCUGCCCUCCCACGCCAAGCACACCUCAUCCUCUCCUGUCAAGAGAGUCUUUGGUGGGUGUCUGGAUUUCAUGGGGCAGCCGGUUAGCAGGGCUGAGAUCUCCCCCAUCACGGGGCAUCGCACAGCCAUGAAACCCUGGCCUAUAAUCCCUAAGCAGCAUUUGGGCUUCCCAAACAGCCUGACAAGUACAUUUCACCUUCCCCCAAUCACCACCACCUUAGCAUGAAGAGAGACUCCUUGUGUUUUUUUGAAUGGGUGUUUAACAAGGAGCUUGAAUGCAAAGGUGAUAUGACAAAAGGCUCCUUUGAUUAGUUUGCUGCUUUCUGCUUCCUAAAUUGUGCAUAGAAUUACUUUCUUAGCAAGCUUGGAGAAAUGCUAUCCAAUUAAAGAGAUAAUAUUCACUCUGGCAUGUUCAGGGAUUUGAAAUAAUUUUAAAAUUUGUUAUUUGUUGCUAUCUUUAAAGUUGAAAUACACUGGGGAACUUCUGACAUUUUCAACAUUUGACUCCUGUAAGAGGAGCCUUUAGCCUAAUGAAAUCCCUGUUCAACUCUGAUUUUCUCUAAUUACACUGGUGAGUGCAUUUUUGGAAUAUAAUAGUCUUAGGAUAUACUUUUAGAAAAAUUUUGGAGAACCUUUGGAAACAGCUCUUGCAUGUUAAAAAUAUACAAGCAAUUAUACACUAAAAACAUAGCAAUGUUUGGCUUUCUAGAAGGAUACCUUACAUAAAAACCUUCUGUAUAAGCUUUUUAUGUAGAGAUAAUUUUCUUUAAAAAAGAAUUAAAAAAAAUCACUAGAUGAAGAUAUAUUCUUUCAGUAUCUACCAGACAUGAAAUGUUUUAUCAUUAAUCCUUCAUUUUGUAUUCCCAAGGAGGUACUGAAUUCACUGUAGCAAAACAAGCAGCUAACUGCUGCAUUUGUCUGAUGGGCUUUCGGGACACCUGAGAAAGCAGCUGAAUCAUUGUUUUAAAACAUGCGGGGAGAUUUCUACAUUGUAGUUGCAGAAACCAAGCAAAUUAGAAACAAGCUUUCUAAAAGCAGUUUCUUUAUAUGUCAAUUUUGUGCCGUGUAUUUUCAGUUUGAUGAUCAGAGGGAAGGGUUUCAAGUCUGAUAACAUUUGUAUUGCUGAAUAUGGUCCUCCUCAAGCCUGGAAGAGACCUGUCUGAAUCAAAAGCAGAGUUGGAGCAGAACCAUAUGACUUGCCUGGGAACAAUCAGGCAAGCUGGUUUAACUGAUCCCACACAGGCUAAUUAAUGUGUGAGGAGAGAGAACAGGUUGCCUUUGUUACAUGGAGCACAACCAGGUAGGAGUGGGGGAGUUAUCAAAAUUUGAGUUGAUGGCAGUGCCAGAUGAGUAAUCACAUACUCCUUCUUUUGUGUGUGCUCAUCUCCAGGGAGUUCCAAAUUUGAUUAAAAUAUCUCAAUGUGAGCUGAAUAAUGAAUAAUCUGCCCUCCCAACUUUCCCUACCUGGCCAGGUCUUCACAAUAUCCAUGCUGAGCAUUGCAGCAAAAGCCACUCAAGAGCCUCAGCAGAACACAUGCACAAGGAGGGAGAUGCCACUUUUUGCUCAGUCAAAAUAGCAUCAGUUAUUUUCUCUCUUGGGGUAUUUCCUCUCUGGGGUAUGAAAGUGUUCUUAGUGCUCUUUAUCUAAAGUGGUCUCUACUGUUCAAGGUUAAAAAUUUAAAUUUGUUAUGUUAUAAUUCUAUACAUUUCUGUUUCCUGUGAAAGCCCCAAAUGAGUAAAUGCAUAAAAAUUCCAAGAAAUAUGCUGCUUAUAAAGGUGAUGUAGAGAAUAGUCUGUUGCAAUAAUAAAACUAGUUCUCUUUGAAUAUUUCAUACUGAAAAAAUUGGGUGAUACAAAUGCAAAAAGGUAGUGCAUUACUUAUGCUUUUCUUUUUCUUUUUUUUUUUUUCUUUUUUUUUUUUCCAAGAUUGAAGUUCAAAGCAUUAGUCAGGAGGCACAACUCUCAUUUUUCUACUGUAUAGUAAUUGUUUCACUAGGAAACAAACUGGAACUACAGUUCCUGCUUCGUGAUCAGGAAAUAAAGACGUCUUUUCAUGCUGUUCUCAGUAUAAACCAUGCAGGAGAUUUGGUAGAUUAAAUUCAGCUUUAUAUGCCUUUGCAGCCAUUACCUAACUUUAACUUAUGACGGUACUAAGAACUGGGUUGAAAGGAACCUCACCUUUAAAUGUAUACCUAACGUUGCAUGUAUUUUGAAUAUAACAUUGACUUCUCUUAGAUGGGGCAUAUCCUGUAGAAAUAUGUGACCUAGUUCCAGUGUAAUCCAGCAAUUGUAGUGCCAAUAUACAGAAAUUUGAAUAACAUUCACAGAACUCAUGAAUCGUGCAUUGGGACAUUAAAUCUUAAUUAUAUCUUGUGCCUUCUGAACUUAUAUAAAAUUGUAUAAAUAACUAUAUGCUGUAAAAAAUUUAGCCUGUUUCUUUCUUUCUUUUUUUUUUUCUUUUUUUUUUUUUUUGCCUGACCAGGGUUUUCCAAGCACAUGCUUUUUUCUCCACUCUAAAAGAAUGAUGCACUUUUUUUUAUAUACCAAUAACAAUGGAUGUUUUUCAGAUUUUCUAUAGUCUCACUGUUUUUGUCCUAAAUUAGGCAAUGUCCUCAGUCUGGGAGCAACAAUUUGUACUGGUUUACAAUGGUAAUGACACAAAGUGCUUUACAAAAAUAAUUGCUGACUUCUGACAGAGCCACAACUCAGACUGCUCAGCCUUGGAGCUGUGGACUGUCACACCAGUAACAACUCUACGUGAGGUGAACUAGAUACAGGUCAGCGUAUGUGUGCACAGGUUAUGACAGGAUCAUGUAUAGAAUAAUGCUAUUCUGCGUAUUAAUGCAUAUGUUAGUGGAAUGGUGCUGUAAUGUAUGAGACAACCUUAACUACAAUUUUUCAUUUCUCCAAGUGCUUUUUAGUUUAAAUCUAGUAGAUUUUUUACUUACUUUUUUUUUUAUUUAUGUAAUUAAUUAAGGUAUAGGUUUAUUUAGCUAUAACUGUAGUGUCUGAAGUCCACAUAGGGAGAGCAAGGGCGCAUCUGCACCUUUAGAAAUAUCAUGUUAAAAGGGAGAACCCCUGCUGUAGAUGACAACCCUGUCAUUUCUGUGCUGCCUUCUGCUCACACAGCUGAGUGCAGCCCUCAGGCAGGAACCGCUACAGGGGACUGUUUGUGUUCUGGCAUCCCACCCAUCUUCCUCACUCCCCAAGUCCUGCUUUCUUGUUGUGCUGCUUUCUUGUACAGUAUUUGUGCUCCUGGUGUUCUUUUGCUGUCGCUUUUAGCUCAGCAGGGGUGCAUGGGACACUAAAGAACAUACAGUAGUGUUGGAAAAAAUGGAACUUGCCAUUUGGAGACAGCAUAUUCCUGUAUGUCAUUUUGCUCUCGUCACUGUAGUGACUCAAGUCUCCAGCUGAGUACUGAGUGUCUACUGUCACAGCUUCCCCAUCUAACCAGCUUCUCACAGGUGACCUGCAGAUAUGUUACUCAGGAGCAUAGUGUCAGGACGCUGCACUGGAUGUGUCAUCCAAACCCUCUGUGUGGCACCUGUCCGUGACCCAAACAGUCCCGAAGGCUGUAGUCACCUUCCACUGUUGAGCAACGAGCAGUUUAUGAACCUGCCAGCAUUCCUCCAGGGGAGUCUGUGCCAAGCAGCAUUUAGCCACGUUCCUAAACCAUACCCCACCACUAGCUGCCACUAGAUUUACUACAGAAGCAACUAAGCAUGUUUCAUUAUUGGUCUAGACAAUAGUUAGGAGCUUCUCGACAAUGUUCAUCUGCAUCUCUUAUGCAUGUAUACACAGAUGUAGAAGUAUUUACAUAAAAUAAGGUAAAAAUGAAGGAAAGCAAAGAGAUUCAAAAUGCAGUUACAAUUUUACUGAUUGGCACUAUAGAAGGAAGGUAUGAAAUUUCCUUUUCUAAAGCUUCAGUAAGCCUGCUAACCUGCUAUGAUACAACCUGGAAAGCAAAUUUACCAUGAAGUUGCCAUGUAGUAAGUAGGCACCUUGUACUGAGCUUAGACAAAACAUAUAAUUUAAACAUUCAUAAGAAAGUUAAUACUCUCAAGUGGCAGCAGUAAAAUGCUAUGCACUUUCUUAAAAGAAAAAGUAAAAAAAAAAAAAAGGCAAAAACCCUAACUUUAAUUAACUGUCAUUAGUAAUUACUGGUGUGUGCCUUUGUUACUUAUAAAUAGGUCUCAAAAAGAGGAAAAAGUUGCUUCACCUUCCAUACCCCCCCCCCUUUUUUUGUUGCUUUUUAAGACCUUAAUGGUUGUGACUCAGACAUUUCUCUCAGGUGAGAACUUUCUCCUCUCCCUUGCUUAUAUUUUUGUUGGGUUUUGAGAUAUGUUGGCAUGGCUGGAAGGGCCUGCGGAACAUCCCUUUGCACUUGGGUUGGUCACAGCCAUGAUGCAAUUUCACACAACUUUUGAUGGGCAAAGGACCUCCCAUUGCUACAGGUUUGCUCAGACAUACAAGUCCUCACAUCUUGCACGACUGUAUUUGCUGAAGAAAUAUGUAGCAAUUAUAGCAAGCAGUUUUGUUUCUGUAACCUCUCUGGGGAAGUCAUUUGCUGUAAAGCUAUUCUCAUAAGACAAACGUAACUUGGUUGAUAAAUGCAGUAAAUUCACUUCAUUUUUUUCAUAGGGUUGCAUUCAGUUUUGUAUGUGAAUGAGACUUUGUUUAUUUUUCAAAAUGUUUGUGAGUCUCAUGAGUUUCAUAAAUUGUAGUGUCAAUAAGUAUCCAUUUAAAAAAACACAUUGCUUGUUCUUUGUUAUUUGUAUUUGUUCUCCUUUAAAACAAAUAUAAAAGCCCUAUUCUGGAAAAGGAAAUGUGCUGGAGAUAUUUCCACAUAAAUCAUUUUGCUAAUGCUAGUGAUACCAAAAAAAAAAAAAAAAAAAAAAAAAAAAAAAA